AUGGAUUCAACAAAAUCGAAGCGGCAGCGCACUGAAUCAAGUACAAAUGAGAUGACAGCUGCAAAUCUAUUACAGAUCCUUGAUGAACAAGAGAACCUCUAUGAACUUCAUACUCAUCUUUUGGGUAUGGGUAACGCUUCCUUCUGGAUUCAAGGCAUUUUAACGGAUCAAGCAAAACUGCCUCCUCAAUAUGAUUUUGAAAAUAAUGACCUUGUAAGAAAACAUUUAGGACCAUUGGUGUGGGAUAGGAAUGCGCGAAAAUUUAUCAGCCCAGGUGACACAAUGAUGUUCUUUGAUAAACUUCGCGCAAAAGAAGACUUUGAUAAAUUAUGCAACUUACCUGAUUUUGUCAUGUUUAAAUGUUUGAAAUCUAAUGAUUUUACCUUAAUGCAAAGUCAUCUUGGCUUAACUUUUCAAGAACACUUUUCUUAUGAUAUCGUUUUCUCAAUAGAAAAUCUUCGAGAUGCUCUUAGUUUGAAAUCCGAUGAAGCAAGAGAUAUGGUUCAGGCUAUAAUUGAAGAAAAGUUAGGUAUAUAUACAAGAAGUGAUUGGCAAGAAAAAGAAUUCUUCAAGCACUGGAUUAUAUUUAAUGCACGAAAACAAGAAUUAGAAGUUGUAUAUGGUAUGACAGCAGAAGAUUUACGAAUAUUAAUUGGUGGGGCCAAACCAAUUCAUCACCUAACUGAUCCAGCACAACGUGAUGCACGAGCACAUAUUAUUAAUGCAUUUUCAAUGAUGAAUGCAGAUGGUAGUGAGCCACGUUCAGUAGAUUUUCAUUCAUUUCGAGGUUCAUUUACUCCAGAAUUUUAUCCACGAAGAUUCGCUUUAAAAGAUUCAUUAUAUUCUCAAAGACUUGACCUAUUAGCUUUUUUAUUGCAAAACGCACUUCAUCGUUUCUUAACAUGUUUACCACCAAUUACAUAUUGCGAAUUUUCUGUCAGUUACACAGAUUUAAGUCGAGCAUGGGUAUUGGAUGUUUUAUCGACAUUUUCCACUUCUCAACAAUUGACUGGUACGUUUAAAACGCUAGUGAACAAUAAGAAUUUUCCGUGGCUUAAAACGCAGUUUUCUAAACAAAAUAUUGAUUAUCGGUUUUUGGCAGGAUUUAACCGUAAAAUAUCGAAGCUUAGUAAAGAUUAUUCAUCGGAUAGGGCACUCGCAUUUUUAUUUGAAGUUCCGCAUUAUGCAAUUUAUCUUAUGUUUCGAGAGUUUUAUAGAAGUGAUAAUCAGAGAUCUACUUUAUUGUUCACUGAACAGGUGGAACAACUGCAGCUACUAAUUGAGGAAGAAAAGAAAAAUUCACAUUUUUUUGACUGGGUAGUAGGAUUAGAUCUAUUUGGAGAUGAACUAGGAUAUCCAUAUUGUCCUUUUGUUGCGUAUGAGUUUCUAAGAUUUGUUCAAGAUGCCAGAAAAAAGAAUUCGAAUUUUGGCGUACGCAUUCAUUGCGCUGAGAAUGUGCCAUUUGUUCGCCCUGAACUACAUGGUUAUCGCCUCUUUGCAGCGCAUAUGUAUAUUGUUUAUCGCUCUCUUCAUUUCCUUAGACAGAAGUUAAAGCAGAACAUUCGUAUCGGUCAUGGUAUUGCCUUUGAUAAAUUACUUUCUAUUAAGAAUUAUAAAUAUCGAAAAUCUAGUGUACUUGUAGCAGAAAUGCAAAACGUUGGAUCAUUGUUGUCAUCGAUUCCGUUUGAAAUCAAUAUUACUAGUAAUAUUUAUCUGCUCGGUGAUGCCAUUAGAAAUGUAGAAAGUAAAAAACCUCUCAAUUAUUUGUAUGAAAUAGGUGUUCCUAUCGUUUUAUCAACAGACGAUGACGGAAUAUGGCCUAUUGACAAAUGUCCUUUAGAACAUCAGGCUCAUCACUCUCUAGCAGCGGAGUAUUGUCGUGCUAUUUCUACUCACUUUAUCACGCGAGAAGAUCAGUUGAGACUCAUGAUCGACAACACCAAAAAAUUCUGCUUUGCAGAUGACAAGAAUUUAGUACACUGUAAUACUAUGACAUUGGCAAAUUAUGUAAAUACUUGCACAGGCAACUAUUUUCCUACAGAUGUUAUCAUGCAUCCCAUGGUUUUUCGUACCUUUCUUUCUCAAGCGCAAAACGGUGGUCAGGUUACAGACGAUUAUAGAUGUUUCAAAUAUUAUCAAAAUAUUUAUGAAAGAAUGUCUCCUGAUAGCACUGACGACGAUUAUAGUAUAUCGAAAGAGUGUUGUAAGCGUGUCGCACCUAUAGCUGUAGCAUCUUUUUAUUUAACACGUUCAUUGUCUUUUGAAGAGUUCAAAAUAGAGUACGAUAUUUUGUUCAACGAUGAUUAUAGUAAAAAGACAUUCGAUGUAUGCGAAACUAUUUAUUCGCAAUUAAUGGACGAUACACCUAGUCAAUGUGUACGAACUCAAGUAAAGAUUGAUGGAAAAGAUUAUUUGUUUUUUUCUGAUCAAUUAGAUGAUUUUAGUCAAUCCCCUGAUUCUUUCAUGAAUACAAUAGAGAGAUUUAUUAUGCAUUGUAGUAAAACGGCUACAGUAUUUGCUUUCCUUUCGAGUAAUCAUUUGAAUGAUACAGAAAAAAUGUUAAAAAUAAAAAACAUUGAACAAAAAAUUAUAAAUAAAGACAUAAAAGUUUACAUUUUUACGAACUUCGAAAAAGAUUCAGUUCUUCGAGAUUUUAAGAGCAACAUAAUAUACAUCAACAAGAAACCUAAAGAACGCACAGAUCCUGACGAAGAACAAAUAGAAUGUGCGCUCUAUGCUGUUUGUCCGCACAGCGGUGUGGCAACGGCUGCUUUAACUUUCGUUGCCAAGAACAUGAAGAAAAACUUAGUGUUUGUACCACAACACAUACAACUUAUAAAUCUGAUUAUUCCAUUUUUACCAUUGCGUUUUGGCUAUCCAGAAGAUAGUAACGAAGAGGAACGUAAAAAGCAGUUUCUAAACCGUUAUAACAUAUCUGAUAGAAAAAUAGCAGAAAAAAUUACUGUUGAAAACAAUAAUAUCUGUAAAACUUUGUAUGAUCCUAAAUAUGAUUUAUUAUGUUCUGAAGUUAAAUACGCUGAUCAAAUAGAGAUGAAAAAUCUAAUAAAACUAAUAGACACACUUGAUAUAACACAAUUUCUUGAGAUUCUAAAGUUCUUGUGUAACUCGAUCAAAGAAUUAAAUUUGUGGCCUAGAUUUUUUGUGAUAAUAGAUUACGUGAGUGACUAUGAAUCAUAUGAAAAAUCUAAUGAUUUUCAGAAGAUUCCACUACGCAUGAUUAAAUUAGAACAUAAGUUACUUAUUUGCAGUAGGGCAGACUUAUUCGAAAAAAAGACACCAUCAACAGUAGACUGUUUAUGGUCUGUAGCUGUAAGUUGGAAUCCUCCACUGUAUUCGAAAAAUAGUCCGUAUGAAAAUCCCUGUAGUGAAUGGGUAACAUCUAUCAUAAAUAUUGAGAGACAGACUCUAAAUGAUACGUUUGGUCCCGAUACUUGGGAUCGUUUUUUAUAUAAAAUUAUUAUGGAAGCCAAAGAACGAGCUUGGCUCUGGUAUACAGUCAGGAGUUGGUGUGAUAUUAUUCACAACGCAUUCGCGUCAAAUACAGAGGAUCAGUUAAAGGCGUUUGCAGGAUUUUUAAAGAACAAUAACUAUAUUGACGAUUUUACAGCACUACUAAAGGAUGAAGAUCGUUAUAAAUUGGGGAAUUUAUGGCAAAUAGAAGUGAUAGAGAAACAUCAAGCAUAUACAGAUUUAAAGAAAAUUCAUUCUCUGGCGACAGCAGACGAAGUUUAG